AUGACCAAUCUUGUGAACCUCGAUUCAUACACGCCCCCUAUUCCAAUACCGCCUGUGGCACCAAAUUUUGUUUUCUGCAAUGGCGCCUAUGGAACCGGCCUGCCACGUCGUGAAGCUUUGCAAGCUGGUAGUCUACUCCCACAAGGCACGCUGCCUGUCACGUACUCUGUUGGGGGACCAGAAAUAGAUGGUCUCGCGGCGAAUGUUUCGGUACUGCGACCGGCGUAUGAACUGCCAUUCCUAGAAUUUUAUGGUAGUGUGUUGAUAUCCGUCGACGUCGCCUCACCCGUCAGUAUCAGCAGAAUCAACGUUGUGCCCAAUGACAUAAGAGGAAUGGCAGCAUAUGUCGCCAAUGAAUGUCUAGGGCGUUACGGAGUGGGAGGAUUUGUCACGAAAAAAAUCCAAGGACUGGUGGACUUCGUCACGGAUCCAACAUCGAAUAUCGAUGCUCGGAUGUACCCCGACUCCACAGCUUUUCUCACCCUCACGGUGAGCAAUCGCCAAACCGCGCAUGCUUUUCCUGGAGACUAUGACCCACAGUUGGCGUUCUUCCUGCGGAACGCUGAGAUAGAUGCUUUAAGCCGGGUGCACUCUCGCUACCAUUUCGUGAUUGCGAAUCGUAUAGAGAAAUUUGCGAUUGCUGAAUCACGCAUGCGCAGGCUGGAAACAGAAGUCCCAUGGUGGGACGGAUGGUUGGUGCAAGGAAACAGGACCGCGAUUGCCGGUUUUCAGGUCGUCAACGUGACUACCGAGGGAAGAGCGACCGCUCGUCGAAGAAAGAGGGUUUCAGGACCGUUGCGUUGA